CGCUUGGAUGCCGCAAGAAAGAGUGGAUGGCUGCUUGGGAGUGACGUCACGGCCAUCAGCGUGAAUGACGGCGCCCCGGACAAAGCGGUGGAGGCUCCGCCAGUGAAUCGCAACACCAAGGUGGCUGAAAUCCUUUUGCAAUUCCAGUAAGAGGACUGUCUGCCCCCAUCUCAUUUACCCAAAGCUCCUCCUCACAGAGCAUGGCUCAGGACACAAAUGAGACCCAAGUGCCCAUGCUGUGCAUUCUGGGAUGUGGUUUCUAUGGCAACCCACGCACCAAUGGCAUGUGCUCGGUCUGCUACAAGGAACACGUGCAGAAACAACAGGGAGGUGGCCAUGCUGGCCCCCCCGGUGACAGGGACCCUGCUGAUCCUGUCGAUGUUGAGUCCUCUGGGGAUGCAGAGGUAUCGCUGCAGGCCUUCGUUGAGCCCAGCACAGGUGAGGGAGCCCAGGCAGAGGAAAGCACAGCCAGCUCUCCAGGGACCGUCGCCCAGCUGAUGACAGCCAUGAACAUCUCUCAGGACAGUGGGACCGUUGACACGGAUCAGGACGAAGAUGAGGAAGAGGAAGAUGAGGGUGAGGAGGGAACAUCCAAACCCACAGGGGAGGCCGAUGAAUCAACGCAAGCACCCCCCGGUGGAGAUCAAAUACCUGACAAGGGUAAAAAGACAAACCGCUGCUUUACCUGCCGUAAGAAAGUGGGCCUUACAGGCUUUGACUGCCGCUGCGGCCAUCUCUUCUGCGCUGUCCACCGCUACUCGGACAAGCACGAGUGCCCUUUCGAUUACCGGGGGGAGGCUGCGGCGCGUCUGCGCAAGGAGAACCCCAUCGUGGUGGCGGAGAAGAUCCAGAAGCUGUGAGCAACAGGCCUGAUUCUCUUUGAACUGCUUCUUUAAGAUUGAGAUUAUGGUGGAUUUUAUUGAUCCCAGUAGGUAAUUCUGGAUCCUGCUGCCGUUUGUAACCAGGAUUUCCCACUGGGACCAAUAAAAUCCAUCUUAAUCUUAAUCUUAAAUUAGUAAUGAAAUGUGGCUUAAGCCACUUGCUACAGUGACUUUUUUUGUAUUUUUCCUCCCUUUUUUGGUGAAAGGACGACUAAAACGGCAUUACCUCCCCCACCACAACCAUUACUACCCACAAAAACUCUCUUAGCUUCAAUGCUUUUCUUUCUAAUUGUACUCUCAUAGAUUGAGUUACAAGGUCUCCUGUGUUAACAUUGUUUUGAGAGGGAGAGAACUACAGGGUCGGAAUAUCAUCUAUUUCUGGAGCCUCUUUGUUUUAACAUGUUUUAUAUGCCACUGGUUUAACAUAAAUGGACAAAAAAACACCAUUUACCAUGUGCAGUCAGUCAAGUCUGCCUGUUCUGGAAGCACCUUCUUAAUCCUUCGCUCCCUGACAAUUGGUCCGACAUAUGCAAACAAACACAAUUAUAGUUUUUCAGGAUGUAUUACAUUUUCAGUUUCUGAGCGCAUGUGCAGAGUUGUAGAGCAGAGGGUGACUGAUAUGUACUUUUCCUGGAUGGGUGUUUGGUGACCAUAUUGCAGUCUGCUUUGUGUGUGAGAGUGUGUGUGUGUGUUUGUGUGUGUGUGUGUGUGUUUGUGUGAUUGCUUUCUAUUUAUUUUAUGGUUUUAAACGUUGGUUUAAAAAGUGGGUUCACAAUGGACAGAAAGAUGCAUGUGUGAGCAAGCUAUUAAAUAGGUUACUCUUUUGAAUGUUGAAUUGUAUUUCUGCAUUUUCUUCAAGUAUGUAACCAGCUUUAGAGAGGGACACACAGGCAACUAGAGUUUAGUUCCAUCGGGAAGCAAAGCACAACUAUCAAGUUGUUCCAAGUUAUAAAGUAUCUGUUACGUGGCACAAAUACACAGCUUAAAUAAAAAUUACACUGCUGUACUAUCAAAA